AUGGUAGAGAAACCAGGAGGGUCAGAGCUGAAGAAGACCACUGAGAGAGAAACAGACCAUGAAGGAAGAGAAGAAGAGGAAAAAGAUGGUGUCAGUGUGAGGGAUGGACUUGAGGAAGUCUUGGUUUCUGACACAGAGACAGAAGCAGAUGCUGAGGAGGCAGAUGGAGAGAGUGAUGGAAGGGAGUCAGAGGAUCCACCCCGUACUUCAGCUGGACCACAUGAUACUACAAUUCCAGUGAUCAAUGUUCAACCUGGUGAACCUGCAACCUUCACAUGUGCUUUACUCGAUCAAGCGUUUACCAGUCAAACAGUCCAGUGGUUCAAGCAGAGUGUUGGAGAUACUAUGAAAUUUAUUGUAUUAGUGGAGAAAAACAUAGAACCCCAGUACAGCCCAGACUUUCCUGAGUCUAGAAUAGCUGUACAUAUUGAUGAGAAAUUUUGCAAAUUGACGAUUUUGAGGACAAAUCCAGAAGAUGAGGGAAUGUAUCACUGUGGAAUAAAUUCUUUCAUAAUGAAUACUUGGAGUGGGACCUAUUUGUUACUGAAAGGGAAAACGGCAUCAGACUACACUGUUGUGCAGCAGCCGACAGUAUCUGAUCCAUUACGUCCAGGAGACUCCAUGUCUCUCCAGUGUUCACUUCUGUCUAACUCUGACAAUAAGACGUGUCCAGGAGAUCACAGUGUUUACUGGGUCAGAGUCGGAUCACAUGAAUCUGAUCCAGGCGUCAUUUACACUGAAGGAAACAGGCAAGAUGGAUGUAACAAUGACACUCAGUCCUCUCCAAAGAGCUGCCUUCACCACUUUUCUAAAACCAUCCACUCAUCUGAUGCUGGGACUUCCUACUAUUACUGUGCUGUGGCCACAUGUGGACGGAUAUUAUUUGGAAAUGGAACGAGAAUACAAGUCGAGGAAAGAAUAACGUCUAGACUCAUCAUUAUGGUGAUAUCAAUAAUCUUGGCAAUUUCUCUGAUUGGAAACAUGGUUUUUAUCUGUUACAUCAGAGCACUACGCACAAAAUGUAAAGGAUUCAUGAAUGCUUCGUUGCAAGAAAGACAUGUCAACGCAAGUGAGCCAGAACAUGUCAUUGUAAGCUGA